AUGUCAAAAUUAUCAAUCUCUUUAGCCAUUAUUUUUUGUUUUGCCUUUGUAUUUGCAAAUGCAAAUGUGAUUCAAAAUGGUAAACAAUUGGUGAUAUCUUAUAAUCCAGCAGGUUCAAUGGUCAUGCAACACCAACUCAAGUUGAAUGGUGGUGUCCAAGCUUGGAUCAACCCUUACUGUAAUAUGGCCAGUCCAAUCGUCUGUAAUCUUCCAACUGUCCCUCCAUGUGACACUGUCUAUCUCCAUGUCAUCCCAAUGCUUGGUGGUCCAAACUUGUACUUUAAUUAUCCAUUCAACUAUACUGUCGCUUAA